AUGUUAGAUAGCAAACAAUCCUAUUUAAUAAAAUAGCCUUUGUAAAAAACAUGGGUUUUGUGGUUAGCUUUGGGAUUGGCUUGCUUUUUACUAUUUGGAGAUGCUUAUGCAUUUGAUAAUCCAAUGGCUUUGCAAUCUACAAUAUAAAGUGAGAUGAAUUUGAACAAUGUACAAUUUAAUAUGCUUUAUUCCAUCUAUUCUGCUCCAAAUAUCAUAUUACCUUUUUUUGGAGGGAUUCUAAUAGAUAAGAUUGGAGUAAGAGUAAGCAUACUCAUUUUUUCUUCAAUUCUGAUAUUGGGUUAGACAAUAGUAGUGAUUGGAGGAUAUACACUAUCAUAUGGGACAAUGUUAGCAGGAAGAUGUAUAUUUGGGAUAGGAUCUGAGAGUUUGAAUGCUGCUUAAGCUGCAAUAAUGUCACAGUGGUUUUAAGGUGGAUAAGUGAGUUUAGCGUUAGGAUUGUGUUUAUCAAUACCAAAAUUAGGUAGUGCAAUGAAUAGUUUUGUUAGUCCUAUAAUCCAAGCUAAUCAUGGUAAUUUAGGAUUUACUUUUUUAAUUGGCUUAUUUAUUGUGAUUUUUUCAUGGGGAUGUGGUGUUGCAUUAAUUUAUUUGGAUAAAAAAAAUGAAUUACUUAUGAAUAUUUGGAAAGAACACAAUCCAGUAUAAGAAAUAAAAGAAGAGAAGAAAGAAGAAUUAUAAAAUUAAGAGAUGAGUUUAUAAAUAAAAAAAAGUGAAACUACAGAAAGUGAUUAUUCUGAAUCUUUAUUAACUGAAGAUGAUGAUAAUGACGAGAAUGAUGAUGAAGUUGAAGAAUAAUAGAAGAAUGAACAUGAAGCUAAAGAAGAAAUCAAAUUAUCAGAUUUAAAACAUUUAGAUGGUUCUUAUUGGAUUUUAUCAUGCAUUAUUAUGUUAAGUGAAGCUUUAUUUGUUCCUUUCUUAGAUAAUGGAAAUGCAUUCUUCUAAAUUAAAUUUGGUUUCAGUUAAUAAUCAGCUGGAGUUUUACUCACAAUUCCUUAUGUUUUUGCAGCCUGUGUAACUCCAUUUGUUGGAAUUUAUAGUGAUAAAAUUCGUUAACGUUCUCUCCUUAUAGUCUUGACUACAGUCAUCUUUAUAAUAACUCAUUUGUGUUUACUACUUAUUUAUUGUGAUGUAAUUAUUUACUUAUCUUUAAGAGUGCUUGUGGAGUUUCAGCUUUACCAUUACUAUCCCUUGGUAUUUGCUAUUCCUUUUAUUCUGCCAUUUUAAUUCCAUCCAUUCCACUUGUUGUCAAAUCUCAAAUGAUAGGUAUAUUAAUUUUAUUAUAUAAUUUAGGUACUGCCUUUGGAUUGUUAGGAGUUAUGUAAAAUACUGCCUUAGCAUUAUUUCCAUUAAUUACUGGUAGCAUAUAUAAUAGUCAUCUAAUUAAUUAGUAAGGUCAAUUAGAUCCUUUUUAAGGGUACUAAUAUUAUUUAUAACUUUAGGUAUGUCUAUCAAUCUUAUUUUUUUGUUGGAGUUAGUUGUUUUAAUUUUGUGAUUGCUAUAACUCUAUAUUUGUUUGAUAAAAAUGGAAGCAAAAAGUUGAGUAGAUUAAAGUCUAAGAGUAAAUGA